CCUUCCCUUCCCUCCUCUCUCUCUCUCUCUCUCUCUCUCUCUCUCUCUCUCUCUCUCCUAAUUCAAGAAACUCUCUCUCUCUCUCCUAAUUCAAGAAACUCUCUCUCUCUCUCUCUCUCUCUCUCUCUCUCUCUCUCCUAAUUCAAGAAACUAUGCAAUAUUCUAUCCCAUACACAUCAAAAAGAGCAAUUCCUCUUUCCACCUCCAACUCCUCAAACUCCGACGGCUCUAAGCCGCCACCGUCUGUAAAUACUAAUCAAGAUUCCAUCCAAACAGGGGCAAGUGUGUCAAAACUGGUGUCCGAAAAUUCUGUCAUAGUGUUUGGGAGGCGAGGGUGUUGCAUGUGCCACGUCGUGAAGCGCUUGCUAUUGGGUCUCGGCGCAAACCCGCCGGUCGUGGAGGUGGACGAAGACCAGGAAGCAGCGGUGAUCGGAGAUUUGUCGGCUAUUUCAGGCGGCGGGGGAAAUGGCGGGGAGGGGAUGCAGUUUCCAGCGGUUUUUGUUGGUGGGAAGUGGUUUGGUGGGUUAGAGAGAGUUAUGGCUACUCAUAUUUCUGGUGAAUUGGUUCCUAUGUUGAAACAAGCUGGAGCUCUUUGGCUUUGACUAAUAAUCAGCCCUUCUAGAAUUAACUCUCUCUCUCUCUCUCUCUCUCUCUCUCUCUCUCUCUCUCUCUCUCUCUCUCUCUCUCUCUCUGUGUGUGUUUUGGAUUGGGUUUUUGAGGAAUCAUAAAAAGGUUUCUUCUUUUUCAUUGAUUUGUCUUUUCUUUUCCCACAUUAUACUGUAUUUCCUAAUGAAGUGCUCCGUGCGUCCCAAUAAUAAAUGUCCAGUCCGCAAAAUAAAAAUUUUAAAAAAAUACAAAUGUUUUAAGGAAAAUUCAAACUUUUUUAAAUAAUUUACUAGAUAUCCACAAGUUCUUCUAAUUAAUGAAAAAGUUUGAUUUUUUUUCUUGUAGAAAAUGUAUUUAUUUUUAAGUUUUUGUUUUACAGAUUCGACAUUUAUUUUGGAACUGAAGUAGUAGCAGUAGAUUAAGAAGGGCUAUAGAUACUGUUUGAUCAUGUAAUUUCGCUGUAAACGGUGUAUAUAUGAGUGGGAUUAAUUU